GGGGGAGAGGCUUGCUGACGUCACAGUCUCGCGCACUCCUCCCAUCACGCCGAGCGGAUCUUGUCCAAAAAGGACCCGGCGAGGAGGAGCAAGGCUGGAUCAGGCUGGAGAUGAAGCCUGACAAUUUGUCUUGCGUCAAAAAAAAAAAAAAAAACUCCCCAAGCGGACGACUUGCAAAGCAAGAGUGGACGAAUGGAAGCUCCACGGGGGAGGAGGGGGAGGACGGCGCUCCUUCGUUCUUCUAAGAGGAUAAAGAGUGUUUGAGUGUAAGGUGUGUGUGUGUGUGUGGGGGGGGGGUUAAUUUUAACCCGACUCUUGUGGACUAUCUUCCCCGGGGCCACGACAUGAGCGGCGGGGCGGAUGAGAGCUCGGUGCGCGUGGCGCUGAGGAUUCGCCCUCAGUUGGCCCGAGAGAAGAUCGAAGGCUGCCACAUCUGCACGUACGUGACGCCGGGGGAGCCGCAGGUGGUCCUGGGCAAGGACAAGGCCUUCACGUACGACUUUGUCUUCGACAUGGACGCCCAGCAGGACGCCGUCUACGGCCGCUGCGCCGAGAGUCUCAUCGAGGGCUGCUUCGAGGGCUACAACGCCACCGUAUUUGCGUACGGGCAGACUGGUUCGGGGAAAACGUACACCAUGGGGACCGGCUUCGACGUCAACAUUGGCGAGGACGAGCUGGGCAUCAUUCCCAGGGCCGUCAACCACCUGUUCCAGGGCGUCGAGGAACGCCGGCAGUCUGCCGCCGACCAAGGAAAGCCAGUUCCCGAGUUCAAGAUCAAUGCGCAGUUCCUGGAGCUGUACAACGAGGAGGUGGUGGACCUGUUCGACGCCACGCGGGACGUGGAGGCCAGGCGGCAGAAGUCCAGCGUGCGCAUCCACGAGGACGCCGGCGGCGGUAUUUACACGGUCGGCGUCACCACGCGCAGCGUCGCCUCCGCGGCCGAGAUGAUCCAGUGCCUGAAGUUGGGCGCGCUGUCCCGGACCACGGCCAGUACUCAGAUGAACGUGCAGAGUUCACGCUCGCACGCCAUCUUCACCAUCCACCUGUGCCAAGUCCGAAUGUGCUCACCGGACAAUGUGAGCGCAGCACGUCGCGUUUUGGAUCUACAGUCCGAUCGACGCAAUCUUUGUUUUGCGUUUCCACCCCAGGGCGACACGACGGACAACUGCCUGGCGGGCGGCUCCGGCAUCGACGAGUUCGAGACGCUGUCGGCCAAGUUCCACUUCGUCGACCUGGCCGGAUCCGAGAGGCUGAAGAGAACCGGGGCCACGGGAGACCGAGCCAAAGAAGGGAUCUCCAUCAACUGUGGACUGCUGGCCUUGGGCAACGUGAUCAGCGCCCUCGGUGACAGGAGUAAGCGCUCGACGCACGUGCCUUACCGAGACUCCAAGCUCACCCGCCUGCUGCAGGAUUCGCUGGGCGGGAACAGUCAAACGGUGAUGAUCGCGUGCAUCAGCCCGUCCGACCGCGACUUCAUGGAGACCCUGAACACCCUGAAGUACGCCAACCGGGCGCGGAAUAUCAAAAACAAGGUCGUGGUGAACCAGGACCGAGCGAGUCAGCAGAUCAGCGCCUUGAGGACGGAGAUGGCGCGCCUGCAGAUGGAGCUGAUGGAGUACAAGACGGGGAAGCGCACGAUUGGCGAGGAUGGAAUGGCGGGCGUCAACGACUUGGUCCACGAGAACGCCAUGCUGCAGACGGAGAACGACAAUUUGAGGGUGAGGGUGAAGGCCAUGCAGGAGACCAUCGACGCGCAGCGAGCCAGACUCACUCAAAUCCUCAGCGAUGGAGCCAACCAGGCGCUGGCCAAAGCAGGUGAAGGCACUGAGGAGAUUGGCAACAUGAUCCACAACUACAUCAAGGAAAUUGAGGAGCUCCGAGCCAAACUCCUGGAGAGCGAGGCCCUCAACGAGAACCUCAGGAAGAACCUCUCCCGCGCCUCCACCCGCUCGGCGCUGUACGCCGGCCCCGCCUCCUUCCCUCCCGCCCUCUUCGCGCCCGAGAAAGAAGCCAGCGACGUCAUCGAGAUGGCCAAGAAAGACCUGGAGAAGCUCAAGAAGAAGGAGAAGAGGAAGAAAAAGAGUGCUUCAAAGGGAGAAGUUCCAGACAAUGACCUGCAGCAAGGCAGCAAUGAAGCAGAGGCGGAGGGCAGCGACCACGAGGAAGGCGAGGUCGGCGACGGAGAGGAAGAGGAUUCGGACACGGCGGGAGAGGAGACGUCCGAUGAGUUUGACGCCGAGGACCUGGAGGAAAAAGACGACGUCCAGGCCGACCUGGCCAACAUCACGUGCGAGAUCGCCAUCAAGCAGAAGCUGAUCGACGAGCUGGAGAACAGCCAGCGGCGCCUCCACACGCUCAAGCAGCAGUACGAGCACAAGCUGGUGAUGCUGCAGAACAAAAUCCGAGACACGCAGCUGGAGCGCGACAAAGUGCUGCAUAACAUGGGCUCAGCGGAGUCGUGCACGGAAGAGAAAGCCAAGCGGAUCAAGGCCGAGUACGAGAGGAAGCUGAGCUCCAUGAACAAGGAGCUGCAGAAGCUCCAGUCGGCCCAGAAGGAGCACGCGCGCCUGCUCAGGAACCAGUCGCAGUACGAGAAGCAGCUCAAGAAGCUGCAGCUCGACGUCACCGAGAUGAAGAAGACCAAGGUGGCGCUGAUGCGUCAAAUGAGGGAGCAACAGGAGCGCAACAGAGUCACCGAGUGCAAGAGGAACAGGGAGAUUGCCUCCUUGAAGAAAGAUCAGCGCAGAGCCGAGCAUCAAGUGAAGCAGCUCGAGGCGCACAAGAGACAGCAGGAGUUAAUUCUCCGCAGGAAGAAUGAAGAGGUGACUGCCCUGAGGCGUCAGGUGAGGCCAGCGUCCGGCAAGGUGAGCAGAAAAGUCUCCUUGCCCGACAGUUUCCCUGAGCCUUCCCAUCGGAGCGCUCCGGGAAGGCCGCACUCUUCUGGAACGUCGACAUCCAACGGAGCCAGGAGUUCUCCAGCGCGGAUGGGAAGCAGCUACCUGAGCCGGACCGCCAGGGCCAAGUGGCAGGCGCUGGAACGCCGCCUCAGUGACAUCAUCAUGCAGCGGCUGACCAUCUCCAACAUGGAAACGGAUAUGAAUCGACUCAUGAAGCAAAGGGAGGAGCUGACCAAACGUAGGGAGCGAGUAUCUAGGAAAAGGACGAAGUUGGCGGCGGAGGGGGUCACGGACUCCGAGCGCUCGCUAGCCUCCUUGAACGAGGAGCUGGAGUCCCUGGGCGCUAACAUCGACUACAUCAACGACAGCAUCGCGGACUGCCAGGCCAACAUCAUGCAGAUGGAGGAAGCCAAGGAAGAAGGAGACACAGUGGACGUGACGGCGGUGGUCAGUUCGUGUAAUCUAUCAGAGGCUCGCUUCCUUUUGGACCAUUUCAUGACAAUGGCUAUCAAUAAGGGCCUGCAGGCGGCUCAGAAGGACUCCCAGCUGAAGGUGAUGGAGGGUCGGCUGAAGCAGACCGAGAUCAACAGCGCCACGCAGAACCAGCUGCUGUUCCACAUGCUGAAGGAGAAAGCCGAGAUCAAUCCGGAGCUGGACGCCCUGCUGGGGAGCGCCCUCCAAGAGAACGGGGACGAAAGCAGCAGCGACGAGUCCAGCACCAGCCUGUCUGCAGAGGACGGCACACUGCCGUCAGAUCUGAUGAAGUUAUGUGGCGAAUCCCGUCCCAGAAGUAAGGCUCGCAGGCGGACCACCACCCAGAUGGAGCUCCUCUACGCCACCUCUGGAGAUCCACCCUUCGAUUCGCCCACGGCGGACUUCUCCGGUCCUUUGCUUCCCCUCGCCGAGCACCAGGGCGGGCCUGCGGACCCAGGCCGCGAAUCCCCAUCUUCUCUCUCGGCUCGUUCACCUGGCAUCUUCCCAUCCAGGUCACCGACAAGCACCGGGGAGAGGAAGCAGGUCGGGCGCUCACCACUUACUCGAUCGAACGUGACACCGGGGGGCGCUAAAACCCGAGGAAAUGACUGCAAAACGUCGUUGGAUGAGUCUCCUGUGUUUGAUGGCCAUAGAGGCAUAAUCAACCCUGUGGCACUCCCAAAGACCAGUCGGGCAGCCAAACUCCAAUGUGUCCACGUCGCUGAGGGACAUACCAAGCCCGUCCUCAGUGUCGAUGCCACAGAGGAUUUGCUCUUCACUGGAUCCAAAGAUCGAACGUGUAAGGUGUGGAACUUGGUGACCGGUCAGGAAAUCAUGUCUUUAGCAGAUCAUCCCAGCAGUGUUGUUUCAGUCAGGUACACGUCCAGCCUGGUCUUGACGGUGUCCGCUGCAUACAUAAAAGUGUGGGACAUCCGGGAUUGUGCAAAAUGUAUCCGCACACUUACGGCUUCGGGUCAAGUUGGCGCAGGGGACACCUGUGCCUCAGCCAGGGCUUUCUCCAUCCCUCCAGGGGAGAGUCAGAUCAACCAGAUCGCCAUCAAUCCUGCCGGUUCCUUCCUCUACGCUGCCGCGGGGAAUGCGGUACGCAUGUGGGAUCUGCGAAAGUUUGCGUCCACAGGGAAGCUCACUGGCCAUUUGGGUCCGGUCACGUGUCUGACGGUCGAUAAAUUAGGCAACGGACAAGACCUCGUGCUGACCGGCUCCAAAGACCAUCACAUCAAAAUGUUCGAGGUGGCAGAAGGGGCUCAGGGGAGUAUCGGCUCCUGCCACACAUUGGACCCCACUCAUCAGGACAGCGUGGAGUCUCUGGCUUUGCACGAAGAGUUUGUCUACAGCGCCUCCAGAGACUACUACGUCAAAAAGUGGGACUUGUCCACGAAGCGGCUGUUGCAGCAGUCAGUCAGCGCACAGACAGACUGGGUCAGCGCCUUGGGCGUGGUCCCCGGCUCUUCGGCGCUGCUCGGCGGAUGCAGAGGGGGGCUACUCCGCCUGUGGCACGCCGACUCACUAGCGCCCCUCGGCGACAUCCAGGGCCACGACAGCCCCGUAAACGGCCUGGCGACCAACAGCUGUCAUUUGUUCACCGCCUCAGACGACCGCACUGUGAAAAUUUGGGAAGCCAAAGGAUCUCUGGAGGAUGGAGUCCAUUGAGAGCUCCAGAAAACGCCUGAUCUAAAGUUGACUUGGGACCACAGACCCUGACUUUGCUUCGAUUUGAAGCCUUUUAGUGCAACAAUUUGCUAGCUUGCACUCAUUUUUUUGUGUGUGUGUGUGUGUUCAAGGCCUUUCCGAAGCCUGCAUAUUUAACGUUUCGCUUCACCAGCAAUACUUUGGACUUUUCUGUGCGCAUCUUUGCAGUGUUCGCAUUGUGAAUUCAAGGACCAAAAUACUACUGAAGCUGCAUUGGGCUUUUAUUCUCCUGUUAAAAUCGUCGCCGCAACACGUUUCAGGAAAGUAAAUGGGUUAUUUUUUUUUUUUUUUUACUGUACUUUGUCGGGCCAGACGAUUCGUUAGGUACACUGGCCUAAUACAGUAACUGCUUUCCAUGCAGCUGAGAGCUUCCAUAAAGCACCUGUAGCCUUAACGGUUAAUACGGCACGAACAAGGGGGGAAAAAGUGUUUUGUAGUGCAACGUAAUAAUAAGUAUGCACGUUUUGUUUUUUAUUUUUUUUCUUCAUUCAAGGCACCAUUUACCGUAAUUCUCAGCCUACAGACCGCACCAGGUUGUAAGCCUCGGUACACAGAAAGCGUUUUACGCUGACGCUAGCGCCGCCGCUAGAUGGGGAGCUAAAUAGUACCAUAAUUUUCCGGCCUACAAGCCGCGACUUUUUUCCACACCUUUCAACCCUGCAGUUUAUGCGGUGAUGCAGCACUAGCGUUAGCGCGGCGCUAGCGUUAAACUCUUUCUGUGUACCGAGGCUUAUAACCACGUGCGCUAACGCUAGCGCGGCAUCACCGCAUAAAUCGCAGGGUUGAAAGCAUGUGGGAAAAAAGUCGCAUCUUGUAGGCCGGAAAUUACGGAACUAUUCACCUCCCCCUCUAGUCUUGGUAAGUUAGGAGUCUUCUCUUCCUUUGUCCUGAAAAUGUGAGUAAAACUGUUGUUUUUGUUUCCUUGAUUUGUCAUAUCAGUUGGAAAAUUGUUCAGAAAUGUUGGGUAGAUA